AGCAAGUAAAGACAAGCCAGGAAGGAAGGAGACUCGUCUUUAAUCUUCUGAGAAAUUCGUUUAUAACAAAGCGUCAGAUCUACCAGUAUCACGUGAUCAUGGAUAAGAUACCCCCAGCAGCGUCUGGUGCCAAGAGCGCCAAGGAAUUUCUUCACGAGAAGGCGUUUGUUAAUGGAGAAUGGAUUUCAGCGAAAUCAGGGGCCACGUAUGAAGUAACGAACCCGAGUAACCAGGCAGUAUUGGGAGUGGUACCUGAUAUGAAUGACCAGGACACUAAAGCGGCUAUAGAGAUCGCAUAUAAAACCUUUCAGACGUGGAAAAAUACCACAGCUAAAGAAAGAAGUAAUAUACUCCGGAGAUGGUUUGAACUCACAUUAAAACAUAAAGAAGAAUUGGCCAAAUUAAUCACAGCCGAAAUGGGCAAACCAAUGGCUGAUAGUACUGGAGAAGUAGGAUUUGGUGCUCAGUUUAUUGAGUGGUAUUCAGAGGAGGCUAGAAGAAUUUAUGGUGACGUCAUUUCCUCAAGUAAUCCAAAGAGACGUCUGUUGGUUCUGAAACAACCGAUAGGUGUCGCUUGUAUGAUCACACCGUGGAAUUUCCCCAAUGCUAUGAUAACAAGGAAGGCAUGUGCUGCUAUCGCUGCUGGUUGUACUGUUGUUAUAAAACCUGCUGAAGAUACUCCUUAUUCUGCUCUGGCUCUCUGUGAGUUAGCAGCAGAAGCUGGUCUACCACCAGGUGUAUUAAAUGUGGUGACAUCCUCCAGAAACAAUGCUCCUAAAGUAGGUCAGACAAUGUGUGAGAGUCCACUGGUGACCAAGAUUUCUUUCACCGGUUCCACGGCUACUGGAAAGAUAUUGUUACGCCAAUCAGCUGAUACAGUAAAAAAGACAUCAAUGGAGCUUGGUGGCAAUGCUCCCUAUAUAGUGUUUGAUAGUGCUGAUUUAGAUGUAGCUGUGAAAGGAACUAUUGGUAGUAAAUUUAGGUGUUCUGGGCAGACCUGUGUCUGUGCCAACAGAAUACUCGUCCAUGAGAAGAUUUAUGACGAAUAUCUGAAGAAACUGGCAGAAACAAUGAAAGCUGAACUUAAAGUGGGUGAUGGGUUCGAAUCCGAUGUAAACCAAGGUCCAUUGAUAAAUUCCAAGGCUGUAGAAAAGGUCCAAAGUAUUGUGGACGACGCCGUUGCUAAAGGAGCUCGUGUUGUGAUGGGUGGAACCAAAGGUGACAAGGGAGGUAACUUCUACAAUCCUACUCUGUUAGCAGACGUCACAACCAACAUGAGAUGCGGGAAAGAAGAAAUUUUUGGCCCUGUAGCCCCGAUUUUCAAAUUUAAAACAGAAGACGAGGCUGUUGCCAUUGCAAACGCCACAACAUCAGGAUUAGCAGGUUACUUCUAUUCUAAAGAUAUCAGUCAAAUCUGGAGAGUGGCUGAGAGACUGGAGUAUGGUAUGGUAGGGGUUAAUGAAGGGGUCAUAUCCUGUGUCGAGGCCCCGUUUGGUGGGGUGAAGGAGUCAGGGUUGGGUAUUGAAGGAAGCAAGUAUGGGAUCAACGAAUAUAUUGAACUGAAAUACGUCUGUAUGGGUGGCAUAGAAUGAGAUGGUUGUAUUGACUGAUUAUGAAUCAAAAUGAAUAAAUAUACUUUCUGUCAUUGUU